AUGAGCGUUAUCACGCUUUUAAACCAUUCGCGCCCACAUUAGGCACCAGUACGGACCAGUGAGUGUUAGGUGUGUGUUUUGUGACAGGAAACCUUCCGCCCAGCAGUGGACAGCACAGCGUGUUGAAAGUACAAAAAAUGAAACAGUUGAAAAUCAGCAGCUUUUUGGCGGCGUGCCUGUUCUUUGGCGCUCUAUUCGCACAAUCCGUGUCCGCCCUUCGAUGCUACCAGUGUGCCAGCGCUUCGAGCUGGAGCGACUGCCAGGCCAGCGCACUGUCGGUGGAAUGUACCAGCGCCAGCCAGAUGUCCAUCAUGGGUCGCAGCCUGUUCCUGCCGGCCGAGUCACGCCAGCAGCUGGAGCCGGCCUGCGUUUCGGUGUACGCCAAGGGUACGGUCGGUGGCGUGACCGGCUAUGCCUACGUUCGGGACUGUCUGUUCAACGAUAAGUCCAUGUGUAACUUAAUACAGAACGCACUGCCGUCGGAAAUCCGUAUCGUCGAUUGUGAUCUUUGCACCACGGAACUGUGCAAUGGGGCGAGCAGCAUCGCGGCGGUGACGCUGUCGAGUGUCGUGAUGGUGGCCAUCGCGUUGGUGCUGUGGCAGUGAGAGCUUAACAUAACAUACACCGCCCGGAGGGAUGAAGAAGGCUACAAGCGAGUGAAUAAAAUCGUUGCUAUUAAUUUAUUGUAAA